CACCUCCCACACCGUGUAGUGGGAUGGUGCGCGCUCUCGCGGUCAAGUGAUUCACUUUCGAUCAAACUGUGGCUUCACACUGAGUGAAGAUGGCGAUGAGAGCAGCUCUGCGGUGCCUGUCUGCAAACUUUUCGCCCAGACUGCCUCAGCUCUCGCAGGUUUCAGCGACUCGGCUGCAGUGGAGAAGCGGCUCCCCGCGGACGCUGAGCACGUCCUCGGUCCUGUCUGCAGCAUUAAAGUUCACAGAUAAGCACGAGUGGGUGCAAGUGGAGGGUGGUGUUGGCAUUGUUGGUAUCAGCAAUUAUGCUCAGGAAGCAUUAGGUGAUGUGGUAUACUGUGGACUCCCUGAAGUCGGCCAAAGACUUGAACAAAUGGAUGAGUUUGGUGCACUGGAAAGUGUAAAGGCUGCCAGCGAGCUGUACUCACCAUUAACAGGAGAGGUGACUGAAAUCAACACAGAGCUGGCAGAAAAUCCUGGACUUGUGAACAAAGAUUGCUAUGCAAAGGGAUGGAUAAUCAAGAUGACCAUCGAAAAGCCCGAAGAACUUGAUGGCCUCAUGGAUCAAGCUGCAUAUGAUAAAUUUGUCACAUCACUUGAAUAAAAUUAUAAACUCA